CAGGCUGUCUCCUGAAGCGCCAUAGUAGCCGAAGAAGGACAUUCUCCAUCAGGAAGUCUGGGUCGCACAACUCCAGGACCGGUCCUGUUCAGACGUCAUUACACCAGAAGUGACUGGUUCCGGAAUUUCCUAAAGCGGCAGUUGCACGGGGAGUAUCAACAAGGGGUCCAUCGAGCUCAAGUGGCAUAUAAUCUCGUGGAUUUCCUCCAAAAGGGUUCUGAAGUCAUCUCAGAACCCAACGACCAUCAGCUCCUGUCAUCUUUCGUCUCCAUUCCGGUUCGAUAAUCGAUGUCACCACCAACAAGCAUGACCAUACAACCCCCCGCGCCCACCCUCGCCGACGAAUCCCUCAUCAAAACCGGCUACCUCUACAAAAAAUCUCACAAAUCCCACCUCCCCUCCCUAUCCUCUUCCUGGCAACGCCGCUGGUUCGUCCUCCGCCCACAAGCCUUGACGUAUUACCACGACUCAUCCGAAUACAAAACGCUACAUAUCAUCCCCACGGACGAUAUUGAUGCCGUGGCGCCGAUGAAUGAUAAGAAGGGCAAGAGGGAGGGAGUACUUGCGGUGUUUACGGUGGAGAGGAUUUAUUAUUUGCAGGUUCCGAGUGAGGAGAGCGCAGGGGUUGAGGAGUGGGUUGACGCGAUUAGGUACGCCGCGACACGGGCGCAGAGGGCUGGAGUGCAAGAGGAUGGGGAGAGUAUGGUUAUGGGGCAGCGAGGUAGGAAUGGGAGUACUGUCUCGGGACUGGUCGAGAGUGACACUUUCACGGCACCUUCCACGAUCACACCAGGAGUGUAUGCGGAGGAAAAUCGGGACUUGCCGCAUUCGCAUCAAAGCGGAGGGUAUAUGUCAAACACGACCGCAUCAUCCAUUCACUCCCUCGGAUCCUCGCCGAACUCAAACCACGGCUACAUCUCCCCCGACACCGACAACGAACCCAUGGCCACCCCCAUCCACCCCACGGGCGAUCCGUCACACUCAACAGAAAACUUGGCAACGAUCAAACGUGAACGCCGCCUCACAACAAGUGAAGAAGAAGAGAACAACAAGUUACUCAUGCAAGGCUACGUCGCCGUCCACAAAACCGGCCCCCACCUCCCCGGCCUGCCCAAAUCGCAUCCGAAGCGCUGGGUCGUACUCCGUGGUUCCUCUCUCGCCAUCUACAAAGAUGAUGAGGAAUACAAAGCGCUGCGUAUCAUCCCUCUGCACGAGAUUCACGAUGCGGUGGAGUAUGAGGGUUCAAAACGCCGCCGCGAAGAGGGGAAGGGAGGGAGAGGGAUGUAUUGGUUGUGUGUCAUUACGAGUGAGAAAGCGUGGAGGUUUGGUGUUCCGAGUGAGGAGUUGUUGAUUCGGUGGUUGGCGAGCUUCAAGGCGGGGAUUGAGGCCAGGGAUAGGCGGGCUGCCCUGAAUGAUCUUCAAGAAGCGAAGUGAAGGCUUACACAGAAACCGCGACAGAGAUGGAAGGCAAGAGGAGAAGGGUGAAGGGCGUUCUUUUGGCAUAUUGGACGGCGUGAAUGGCGUAUA